ACCGACUUAUCUCUAUGUGAAGUAAAGGUGUAUGGUUCUGCAAUAGAAAGAGUCAUUCCUCCAACAACAAUAAAGUUGGACCUAUUUGGGAGUACAGCUGACUCGUCAUCAGGUUUGGAGGAGCAAUUACCCAUUGACGCUGAUUAUACACAGACAGCUGGUCUAUGUACAAGCAUAACGGGAGUAGACCCUUGGUGGGUGGUAGACCUAGGAGGAUCCUACUACGUUGCAACAGUGAAUAUUUAUACACUGACGACUUUAAACAACUUCGACAUCCGUUUGAUAUCAGUAUUAGAUGUAAAUCCACUUGCAUCC